AUGGAGAGAAAAAUCAUCAGAGCCCUUUUAGCUUUCGCACUGCUUCUCUGCCUUUCCUCUGCUAUAAAAGAUAUCCAAUGCACAAAAUACACUUGCAAAACCUCAAGCCAAAACUUUGAUCCUCUGACUUGUGCUUAUCUUGAUAACUCCUCAAAUACUUAUUAUGCCCAAGCCUGUGCAAAAAGUACUGAUGACUGCUUUCAAGUUCAAGGAUUCAAUUAUUCAUGUGGACCCACAUACACAUCUGGAAUAAGCUUUCCUGGAGAAGAAUGCAAAUCCGCUAACGAUUGUCACAGUUUAUACACAGCAGGUUGCAAAGAUGGGAUUUGUGUUGGCUCUGCUGAAGGUCAAGACUGUAACUCCAGCCGAUCAUGCGAGCCAAACUUCUAUUGCCAACUGACGUUGAAUAUAUGCAAGCCUCUUAUUAAAAUAGGUGAAACAGGCUGCUUAAAUGACUAUGAAUGUGUAAACAAUGCAGCUUGUAAUGUGACUGAUAUAAAUAAUCCCAGCCUUAAUACCUGCUAUCCUUGGCACAGUUUUGGAGUUCAUGAUCCAGUUGGAGGCUGUGAAUCUGGAAUUAGUGCUUUAUGUCCUUAUAAUUAUUGCCAAGAAAAUUCUGACACGAACUUUUAUUGCACAGAUUUAUUAUCAUCGCCUGUAACCCCAGCCUCACAAUGUGAUAUCAAUUCCAGCGACAAUUGCCAGUCUACCUCUGAUCCUUUCUUCACUCCUCCUUUCUCCAUCAAAGGCACUUGCAGCUGUGGGCUAAAUAGCCAAGGAAACGCUAAUUGCCAAAUUUUUCCAGGCGAUUUGCCUUAUCAAGCAUACUUAAAGCAGCUUAAUAAAUGGAAUUCCAGUGAGCAUAUAACUAAAUGCAACACUAUGAGAAGGUUUCAUAAGAAUUGCGUGAAAACUUAUUGAAGUAAGAAGGAAUCUGAUGCUUUUAGUUUUUACCAAGUGCAAAAUUCUAUGUAUUCACAAAUUCAAGGCAGUGAAAGCUGUGUUCUUGAUGCUUUCGCAUUGAAUUACGUAAGAGCAAAAGAUGAAUAUAAUGGAGGAGAUGAUGAUAAUGAUGAUAACAACUCAGGAGCUAAAGAAAUAUGCAUAUCAAUGCUGAUUCUAAUAGCAAUAAGCUAA